GAUUUAAAUAAAUUAUUGCCAAAUGCUAAAAUUAUGGAAAGAAUGCUGAAUUUAACAAUAUUUGAUGAAAUUGCACAAGAUUUUAAAUAUUGGGAAGAUCCUUCAGAUGCUUUUCGGAAUAGUGGUAGUCUUUUACCACUUUGGAAAUUUAAUAAACCAGCUACAAUACAAAUACAAUAUGAAGUAACUUGCUUAUGUUGGAAUCCAUAUUAUUCUGAUUUGUUUGCUGUUGGAUUAGGAUCAUAUGAUUUUAUGAAGCAGUAUCAGGGUGAAAUCUUUCUAUAUUCAUUAAAAUGUCCUACACAUCCUGAAAUUAUCAUUAAUGUAGAUACUACAGUUUGCAGUUUAGAUUUUCAUUAUGAAAAAGGACAUUUAUUAGCUGUAGGACUUUAUGAUGGCACAGUUUCUAUUUAUAAGUUAAAGAAAGCACAGAACAAACUUUUUCUUACCAGUAAAGACCCAAAUAAUAAACAUUUUGAUCCAGUCUGGCAGAUAAAAUGGUUAAGUAAUGAUUUUGAUGAUAAUUUAAAUUUUGUAUCUCUAAGUGGAGAUGGAAGAGUGAUCAACUGGAUUAUUGUAAAGAAUGAAUUAAAAUGUUCAGAAAUUGUUGUUUUGAAGAAAGAAGAUUGUCAUUUAGAAGGACCAGAAGGAAUUCAAUUAAAAACAAUUAGUUGUGGGACUGCUCUUUCAUUCAAUAAAUAUGACAAGGCAUUAUUUGUAGUAGGUACAGAAGAUGGAUUAAUACACAAAUGUUCUUUAUUGUAUUCAGGACGGUUUUUAGAAACUUAUAAGUAUCACUCGUUGCGUAUAUCUAAAUUACAAUGGAAUCCUUAUCAUCCAAGAAUUUUUAUAUCAUGUAGUGCUGAUUGGCUUGUAUGUAUUUGGGAUUGUGAUGUAAAAGAACCAUUGUUUGAAUUUCAUAUGAAACAUAAAGUAGACGAUGUUUCAUGGGCUCCAUACUCAUCAACAAUUUUUGCAGCUAUUACAGAUAAAAAGGUUUAUGUGUAUGAUCUUACUGUAAAUAAAGAAAGCUAUAUUUGUCAACAAGUUGUGACAUCUGGAAAGAAAACAAAUGCAAAUCACAUUGCAUUUAAUAGUAUGCAUCCAAUAAUAAUUGUUGGAGAUAACAGGGGUAAUGUUUUAAGUUUUAAAUUAUCUCCCAACUUAAGAAAAAAUUUGAAUGUUGCAAAUAGAGAUAAAGAAGAAUUUAUAAAAAGUGAAGCAGAAAAAUUUGAAGAAUUAGUAACAAUGUUUUGAAUGUUAAUAUCUUUUACAAUCUUAAUUUUAUUUUAUAAUAAUUGGUAAAAUUAUUACAUGUUCAAUUUAUUUUAAAUUUUGUCACAAUUUAAAGACUUUUAAAACUCUAAAAAUAA